AUGGUUGAAGCAACAGGAGAUAUUGGCCUUAUUGGAUUGGCCGUCAUGGGUCAAAACCUGAUUUUGAACGCCGCUGAUCACGGUUUCACCGUCGUCGCUUACAACAGAACCGUGCAGAAAGUCGACCAUUUUUUGGCCAACGAAGCCAAGGGAAAAUCAAUCAUCGGUGCUCACUCCAUUGAGGAAUUGGUUGCCAAUUUGAAGAGACCUAGAAGAAUCAUAAUAUUGGUCAAGGCUGGUAAUCCCGUUGAUGCCUUCAUCCAACAAUUGCUACCUCACUUGGACCAAGGAGAUAUCAUCAUUGAUGGUGGUAACUCCCAUUUCCCUGACACCAACCGUCGUUACGAGGAAUUAAAGCAGAAAGGUAUCCAUUUUGUUGGAUCCGGUGUCUCUGGAGGUGAGGAAGGUGCCAGAUAUGGUCCUUCUUUGAUGCCAGGUGGUGCUAAAGAGGCAUGGCCACACAUCAAGGAAAUCUUUCAAUCUAUUGCAGCCAAAACUGAUGGUGAGCCAUGCUGUGACUGGGUUGGUGAUGCCGGUGCAGGCCAUUAUGUCAAGAUGGUCCACAAUGGUAUCGAAUACGGUGACAUGCAAUUGAUUUGUGAAGCCUACGACUUGUUGAAGCGUGUUGCCCGUCUGCCAGACAGUGAGAUCUCUAAGGUAUUUGCCAAGUGGAAUAAGGGAGUCUUGGACUCUUUCUUGGUCGAGAUUACCAGAGAUAUUUUGGCUUACAACGACGAUGAUGGAAAGCCACUUGUUGAGAAGAUUCUGGACUCUGCUGGUCAAAAGGGUACCGGUAAGUGGACCGCUAUCAACGCUUUGGACCUUGGUAUGCCAGUUACCUUGAUCGGUGAGGCCGUCUUUGCCAGAUGCUUGUCAGCAAUCAAGGACGAGAGAGUCAGAGCUUCUAAGAUCCUCUCUGGUCCUUCUGUUCCUGAGAACGCUAUUACUGAUAAAGCCAAGUUCAUUGACGACUUAGAACAGGCUUUGUACGCUUCCAAGAUUAUUUCCUACGCCCAAGGUUUCCAAUUGAUCAGAGAGGCUGCCAAGGAGUACAAAUGGGACUUAAACUUCCCAUCCAUUGCUCUUAUGUGGAGAGGUGGAUGUAUCAUCAGAUCCGUUUUCUUGGGUGAGAUCACUGCUGCUUACCGUGAGAACCCAGACUUGGAGAAUUUGCUGUUCCACCCAUUCUUCAACAAUGCCAUUUCUAAGGCUCAAAGCGGAUGGAGAGCAACUUUGGGUAAGGCUAUUGAGUUUGGUAUUCCAACCCCUGCCUUCUCCACUGCUCUGUCUUUCUAUGACGGUUACAGAUCGGAGAAGCUUCCAGCCAACUUGUUGCAAGCUCAAAGAGAUUACUUCGGUGCCCACACUUUCAAGGUUCUUCCAGAAGAGGCAAAUGAGAGACUCAAAGUUGGUGACUGGAUCCACAUCAACUGGACUGGAAAGGGAGGUAAUGUUUCUGCCAGUACCUACGAUGCUUAA